GGGGUCUGGGGAGGCAGCCAGGCCCAAGAGCAGGUUAAUGUUACAGCCCUGGAUAAGUGAGCUGGGCGGGUUGACGUCAGGGCGAUGAUGGGUGGAGGGGAGGGCCGGGCUGCUGAAGCAACUAUAAAGAUAGGUCAAAUCAAAUAUCAUCAACUAGGGACGGAGCAAGCGGGCGAGCUAGAGAGUGUCCCCGAGCCAUGGUCUCUACCGGCCGCGGCUCAGCCUGGGUCCCUCUGCUCUCAACCCGAGUGCCCGAUGGAGGCUUUGGUUUCAUGUCAGCAGCCUUCAUCUGCCUUCCAAAAAUAAGCCCCUGCCGCCAUGCCGGAGGGAGAAAAACAAGAAGGGCGGUAUUUUUAGGGCCAUUAAUUCUGACCACGUGCCUGAGAGGCAAGGUGGAUGGCCCUGGGACAGAAACUGUUCAUCACUAUGUCCCGGGGAGCAGGACAUCUGCAGGGCACGCUGUGGGCUCUCGUCUUCCUAGGCAUCCUAGUGGGCAUGGUGGUGCCCUCGCCUGCAGGCACCCGUGCCAACAACACGCUGCUGGACUCGAGGGGCUGGGGCACCCUGCUGUCCAGGUCUCGCGCCGGGCUAGCUGGAGAGAUCGCCGGGGUGAACUGGGAAAGUGGCUAUUUGGUGGGGAUCAAGCGGCAGCGGAGGCUCUACUGCAACGUGGGCAUCGGCUUUCACCUCCAGGUGCUCCCCGACGGCCGGAUCAGCGGGACCCACGAGGAGAACCCCUACAGCCUGCUGGAAAUUUCCACCGUGGAGCGAGGCGUGGUGAGUCUCUUUGGAGUGAGAAGUGCCCUCUUCGUUGCCAUGAACAGUAAAGGAAGAUUGUACGCAACGCCCAGCUUCCAAGAAGAAUGCAAGUUCAGAGAAACCCUCCUGCCCAACAAUUACAAUGCCUACGAGUCAGACUUGUACCGAGGGACCUACAUCGCCCUGAGCAAAUACGGACGGGUAAAGCGGGGCAGCAAGGUGUCCCCGAUCAUGACUGUCACUCAUUUCCUUCCCAGGAUCUAAGGACCCACAAAAGAAGGCUCACAGAUUUAAAGCAGCAUCUGUUCGAUUGGAAUUUUGCACCAGCGAAGAAUUCCCCUUGCCCUCCAUGGCUUCUGAAUCAGGCUUAUCUUGUGCUUGGGGAGACCUCAGUUGUUUCCCUUGGCCACUGGACCCCACGGCAUGUAGCCCAUUCAAACGAGGGCUAAGAUCAGCAACUUUAGAAUGGCAAUUUAUCCCAUGCUCUGACCUCCCUCGAGGAGAGAAGGUAUCGGUGACACUUGUGGAAUGUGACCAUGUGCACAGGAAAAGGCCAGGGUAGGAGUGUGUGUGCAUUGUUGUAUAUCCAUACAGCUUUAUACACAUUCUCAGAGCAAUGGCAUUUCAAAGCAUCAGGUUUCUUUCUCCUAGCAUCAUCGCUGCAGGAAUCUGCCUGUAAGAAUGUCACUUGUCAAACCAGCAGGAUUGAUGUGUGCUCCCAUUCUGCCUCUUUCCAAUCAUCUUUCCAUUCAGAGGCCACUAACUACAUGGGUUGCCCAGGUCAGCAGGGAGCAGCUGUCCUCAAAGUGCAGAGACGCAGAGUGAGAGGGUGUGAGGCUGAACUGCAAACCAGAAAGAGAGUGAUCAGGCACUUCAAGCUUCCUGCCAGAGAGGGCUCUGGGGACACUGGGAUGAACUGUCAGGGAGGCUGGGGGAGAAGCGGUUCCCUUCUUGGAGGAAAGGGGUAGAGCAGCAUCUAGGGCAGCUGAGGAAGGCUUGUGGAGGCAGCAGAAGGGACUGGAUGUUCUAGGAGAGCCACUCUGCCUGGAGGACUCAGGCUGUGCGUGGCUCCAGGAACAAGCAGGGGCCAGGCUGCCUGCCCAUAACGUUUCCUCACUUUGAACUGGUCUUAUUUUAACCUCAGAUGACAAGGAUCCUAAUAAUGGCAACCUCUUUGGCGAGGAGUAGGGGGACAAAAUAGGGCAUGAAGGAAGUAGAGAGGCUUUGGACUACAGAUGGUAAUUCCUCUCCAACUAUGUCCAAGAAACGCACCCAAGUUCUCAUCUGAUACCCUCACUUCCUUCUUGCUCAUCCUCAUCUCACAUACGCGCUGUGCCUGGAUGCAGCAGAAUGGGCACCGUGACCUCCAGAGUUUGUGCUCUCUUCCUCCCUGCAGUAGAAGAGGAGUGAUAAUCCCACGGAGUCAAGCAGCCAAGCUGAAGCAGCUCCUUGCUGCACAGUGCCUUCUGCCUCCUGUCCUUUGAGAAUAUUUAAAGCAGAGGUUCCCCAAGUGACUAUAAAUGUUGUCUGCCCGGAGCCUUCAGAUUCCUGAACCAUUGGAAUGUUCCUAAAUCUGAAACCAGAGAGAGCCAUAUCAGAGUGCAAAUAUUUUUGGCAUAUGUGAACCAUGGAGUUACAAAAUGACCUGACGACCUCUGCGACUCUUGGGGGCCCCAGCCUGCAAGACAAUCCCUCAUCUGUUGCAAAUACCUUCAUCUUCAACAUACCUCGCUAUUUGCAGUUGCAUCCAUCUAUAGAUAGAUCUGGGUUGAGGGAUUCUGAGCUGAAGAUGGGAGGUUGGCAAUUGAAGGGGGAGACACCUUACCGGCCACCUCCUCUGCCCUGCAAAUGUCAGGGAGGACAUGUGCUGGGUGAGGAGGAAAAGGCCACACCCAGGUACAUGAAGAUGGAAGAGACCACAGAAGCCCCAGAACACGUGUGCACACGGCCGACCCUUGGAUGUUGUAGAAAAGGGAGAAAACUGGUCCAUCUUGAUUCCGUGGAAUGUUGAAGUGUGGAUCUGCUUGGAGGCGGGGAUAAAGCUCUCCACUGUGUUUUAGGGAGUCUUGUCCAGGGCAAUCAGUUUCUUGAACAGGGUCCAUCAGAAAUGCCGGCACUCCAAACCUGAGGUGCAUAUCAGUUCCUAGUGGAGCUUGGAAUGUGGGAUGGCUGGUGGACGGCUUGACUGUGAUCCAGAGAAAAAAGGAGAAGGAAGUUUUAGGUCCCAUAGCAUGCUUUCCUUUUUUCCAAGAUCUUUCAGCUCACGUGGCAUGAGAGGAGCCAUCUUCAAGAGAGUCUCCAAAGCCUUGGGCUGCCAGCCCUGUCCUUCAUCUCUCUAGAGGAUCAUAACCUUGCUCAAAUCCUGGCAAGGCAUUUCCCCAAAUGUCCACUUUCAUUUUUCAUGCUAGGAGUGGGAAGGAGAAGCUACGAAAUGCCUACGAUCAAGCACGCAUGAUAUUGAUGAAAUGCCUACGAUCAAGCACGCAUGAUACUGAUGAAAUGCCUACGAUCAAGCACGCAUGAUACUGAUGAAAUGCCUACGAUCAAGCACGCAUGAUACUGAUGAAAUGCCUACGAUCAAGCACGCAUGAUAUUGAUGAAAUGCCUACGAUCAAGCACGCAUGAUAUUGAGCCACUGCAUAGCAGUUGCACCCGCACCGGUUAUGAGGGGCUGGGUGUCUGUCCAACUGGUACCAGGGCCCAUGCUAUAUCAAUUGCUAAGUAUUUGGGGGUUGUUUAUUUGUUUGUGACAGGGUCUCGCUCUGCCACCCGGGCUGGAGUGCAGUAGUGUGAUCUCGGCUCACUGUAACCUCCACCUCCCAGGCUCAAGCGAUUCUCCUUCCUCAGCCUCCCAAGUAGCUGGGACUACAGGUCCAGCUAAUUUUAUAUUUAUUUUUGGAGAGAUAGGGUUUUGCCAUAUUGGCCAGGCUGGUCUUGAACACCUGUGCUCAAGCAAUCCACUUGCCUCAGCCUCCCAAACUGUUGGAAUUACAGGCAUGAGCCACGACACCUAGCUGGUUGCUAAGUAUUUUGAAUACCACCUUUGGAUGCAGGUAUGUGUGGGUGACUCUUUAAAAUCCUUCCCAUGCAAAGGAAUUCUCUCAAGGGCUUUCUGUUUUCCUGUAAGUGACUUAGACUUAAGAAAAGUCAAUCCCCAUCUACAGAAGUGAGCUAAGGGACAAGACCAGAGUAAGAUCAGCAGGAUGCAUUUCAGUCCCUUCUCUCCAGCUUCUGUUUCUGUGCCCGGGCAUGGAGAGUUGUUUCCUAUCUGGUCACAUGUCCACUGAGUCCUGAAUUCAGUUGUCAGGCCCAUUGGCUCCCAAAGGCUGCAGAAGACACUGCUAUAUGCAGGGGAGCCAGAGUGUACCCCACUUUCCCACUGAGGAUGUACUGAGACUUGGGCCCUCCAUCCCCCAAGUGCUAAGCAAUGAGCCUGGUUUAUAGAGUUUUGUAGCUAAUUCACUUCUCUUUCAUCCUGAAUCUUCUUUGGCAGCUCCAUGCAAACUUGGAGUUCCAAGGGCCAAGAGGCUGUUUUAUUCUCUCUUCAAGAGCAAAUAAUAAAGAGGAGAGCAGCAUAUCUGCACACUCUUCAAGAUGCACUUCUCAGCUGCAGCCGUAGAGGUUAGCUUAGAAGCAAUGGGGCAGCCUCAGGCUCCUUGUAAAACCUCCACCCGUUUCAGGGCAAUGGAUGAACCUCAUAGGAAACCAGAAAACUCCAAAUGCCUUGUUCAAGCUGUUGAUUAUGUUUGUUUCAUCAUUCACUGCCUUGUAACACCCCUUCCUUUCCCACUUCCCAUACAUUUUUGAACCUCUCUGGAAAGCAGCAUGUAAUUUUCUAAUUCAUACCCUACCAUUAUCCUCCACAGCCUUCCCCUCUGCUGCCACAUCCCACAGUGCCCUAAUACACAUGCCAAGCCCUUGGUCAGGGCCAGUCUAUGGCCUAACAAAAAGAACAUUUUCUUCUGCCAUCUGAUUCAGGGUACAAACCUCUCUCCUCUUUUUU